CCCUACUGGAAAACAAUCGAUAAAACGGUCCUAGGUAAAAAAUUAAAAAUCGUGGUUUUUACAUUUUUGUACUAUGUACAAAUUAACGAAAAGUUCUAGUUUGUGCGAUUCGACUUGACAAUGACAAAAUAUUGGUUUUUAUUUUUAUUUCAAGCCAUAAUAUAUAAUAUAUGACUCAGACAAAUAACAUUAACAUAAAAGUAAUGUACCUAAAUAUGUGAUUUUCCUCAUAUACCUACAGUCGCCGGCGCUGCUAAUUAUAGCGCAGACACAGUUUCUGUAAGGAAGCUGGGAUUUUAUUUAAAUAAACUAUAUUUUUAAUAACUUCAGUGGUAAAAUAUAAUAGAAGCAUAACUUUGAGUCAUGCUGCUGGUUUCAAGUUUGUUUCUCCUGCUGCGGACGUCAAUAGCGGUGUUCUUCCACGAGAAAUCGUCUAUCGUCAUAGCCCCUGUUGGAGAGAGUAAUGACAUUAGCUUUGGCUACAGUUUGGGCUACCAGGGUGGGGACAAUGCAAGUCUUGGUAAUUACUGUUUCUUCUUUCCCUAAACCUGGUAAAAAAAAAACUUGCAGUGAUCGGUGCCCCCCUUUACGACGAGACUGGACGCGUAUACCAGCGAUCCGUGCAAGAUAUCUUGCAAGGAGAAACAACUUGUGAUCCACUUCAGAUCGACUUUGCAGCUUUAAAUAUCACCUAUAACCGUACUCUCAGCCCAGACCAACACUUUUACCUGGGUGCGUCCAUAGCUGCAACCGAAAAGCUUUUUGUGACGUGUGCACCAUUGCGGACCGCGUACGGCGCAUAUUUUGACGGGGCUGGGACGAAGACGAAAGACGUUUUCGGCGCGUACGGAGCCUGCUUUACAUACGAUAGAAGCCAAAAAGCACACGCGUGCCUAAACUACGGCUUGGAGCAUACGUUACAGAAGAAAAAAAACUAUGGAUGUUUACGCAUACGGCAGUUCUGGUUGGAGUGUCAUGAUAGAUCAUGACAAGAACAAAAUAAUAAUAUCAAAGUCUUUCAACACUCCUGAUCUGUCUUACAGCACUUUGGAUCUAAGUCACAAAUACAAAGCUUUGUCUUCGAACCCAUCAUUAGCACUUGAGAAAAAUGAAUUUACAAGCUUUGGAAAAGCGAUGACAUUUGGAAAUUACUUCGACAAAGAUAAAAACAAGACUUUCUACGCUUUUAGUUUGAGAUACAUGUCUGGAAAAGGAGCGAUUGCUUUCUACCAUAAUGACGGAACGUGGAAGCCAUUGCAUAGCUCAGAUUCCAUCGGCCGCCGCGCCCGUAGCAAGCCAUAUAGGCUGGAGGAUAAACAUGUGGGCAGCAUGUUCGGCUCGGCAUUGGCCAGCGCCGACGUCACUGGUGACGGCGCAGCGGAACUGUUCGUGGGUGCGCCCGCGCAAGUCUCGGAUGCGCGCAGCGCGGAUCGGGGCGCGGUGCACGUCUAUACUAAAUCAAAAUCGGAUAAGCGAGAAAUGGAGCUGAAGCUGGUAAUUUGGGGGGUAAAGGAUAACGCUCGCUUCGGAACUACGUUGUCCACCAACGAUGUGGAUGGAGAUUCCUAUCCUGAAAUAUUUGUUAGCGCUCCAUUCGAAAACUCAGGUGUUGGAGCAUUGUACAUCCUCUGCGGGCACGAAAUAAAAAAGGUGAAAGAACCAAAGAUUCUAGUCUCUGAACUGAAAAGAACGCAAAUAAUUAAAAAAGAAACUCUUAAAAUCUUUGGAUUUAGUCUUCAACCAGUGAGCGACUUUAAUGAUAAUGGUAGUGAUGAACUAGGCGUGGGGGCUCCGGGCAAUUCUAGAGUAACAUUGUUUUCGGGAAUCCGAGCUAUCACGGUGAAUGUAACUUCGAAGAUCUCUGAUUCAGUGUUGGAUCCCGUAUCUGGGUUUUCUACUCUCAUCUUCUCCUCGUGCAUAACUGUGGAUUUGCCAGUAAAACCGAGGAUAAUUACUACAAAGUUGUUGGUAAAGAAUGUGAUAAGCGGGAAUGGGGCAUUUAAUCACAGCGGCGAAGCCACCUACAAAAUCGAUUUAGCGUCAAAAGAACACAGUAUAGAAGUCGGUAGCCUCAGAGAAUAUUGUAGGAAUAUCACUAUUGUUGAUGCAUCUUUCUGCAUUGUCAACACAACGGUAUCAACCAUGGAACGUAUUGAAGAUCACGAAGAAUUUAAUAAAACUUGGGUGACACUGAGCGCAAUGAGCGAGUUGACAAGAUCAAACCGCUUCGAGUGCGUUUGUCCAAAACCGGGUUGCGCGCCCGAGCUCAACGCAGAACUGCGAUGGUCUGGGAGCUAUUAUCCCAACGAAGAAACCGACUACCUCAUCGGAUCGUCCAAGUUCGAGACGGUGAAAGUAGCGGUCCACAACACUGGCACUAAGGGCUGCAGAAGCUGUACUGUAAUACGCGUGUGCGGUGAUUUGGAUCAUCAGCUGCAAUGCCAACGCGAGCGCAACGGUGUUCGCUACAUGUGCCCUUUGGAGAGCUUCAUGGGAAAUACUACCAAAACAAUCGAGAUUCAGUUAGUGAUGGACACAUUAAAUAAUCAGGAAAUCAAUUUUACUGUGGACGUGGAGGUCCGAGAUGAUUGUGAGGAGCCGGGGCCAAAGACUUCUCUGACAGUUCCCUACAACUUCACCAAAGUGUUCAACAAUGUCAUCGUUAAUGGAACUUCUAUGAACCGUGAAAUAGCAGACACAGAAAUUCAGGAUGAAAGUGAAGAAAUAAUCUUCCACGAACAAACUUAUACAAUCUUUAACAACCAGUCUUUUAUGUGGAAAAAUAUAUUGGUAAAUGUCACUGCGAAUAACAAACCAUACAUCCAGAACUUCAGGGUCGCCAUAAAGCAAACUGAAAUGAUUGCUGAAUAUAACGGCACAGAGGACUUUUUGUGGGGAUUCGUUAUCAGUUUAGCCCCAUACUCCAUAACUAAAAUUUCCAUUUCUACUAAUAUUUUGAAAAAGGAACUUGCACAAUAUGUUCAAAAAGGGAACAUUACUCUACCAUCUGAACUUGUCCUCGAACUACUCGCACAUAAGACUAAGAUUAGAAAUUUAACGUCAGUGCUGACAUUCAAGACAGAGAAGACAUUCUGGCAUAACAAACCUCUCAUCAUCAUGAUCUCCCUUCUUGCGGCGUUUCUGGCCCUGGUUAUCAUCACCGUAAUACUUUACAAGCUUAAUUUCUUCAGAAGGAAAAACAAAGAAAAACUUAAGCAAGAAAUAAGAAGGCGUAGUAUUCGACGAGAAAGUAGUCGACGCCAUGCACCGCCGGAUGCUGAUGGAACUCGAGCUCAACCCACUGAUACAGUGGACUUAUCGUUAGUGAAAGAAGAAUCUUGUGACCCUACCAACACGAGACAAGACAGGACAAGUUGCGAAUCUACCCUCGACGCAGCGCCGAGCGACAAUGCGACGUCGGGUGCACUUACGCAGUGAUAGAUAAUUAAUAUGUAAUAUACUAUUUAAUAGUUAUUAACUAAAUUAAUGUAUAAAAGAUACAUUUAAAUAUAUCUAAUUAUAUUUACGUUCAACGACCGGUUUGGCCUAGUGGGUAGUGACCCUGCCUAUGAAGCUGAUGGUCCCGGGUUCAAAUCCUGGUAAGGGCAUUUAUUUGUGUGAUGAGCAUGAAUAUUUGUUCCUGAGUCAUGGGUGUUUUCUAUGUAUUUAAGUAUUUAUAUAUUAUAUAUAUCGUUGUCUAAGUACCCACAACACAAGCCUUAUUGAGCUUACUGUGGGACUUAGUCAAUUUGUGUAAUAAUGUCCUAUAAUAUUUAUUUAUUUAUAUUAAACGACUUAUUAAAGGAAUAAAUAAUGUAAA